AUGGCGACCCUGACCCUCCAGUUCGGCCAGUACGGAAACCAGCUCGGGCCUGCUUUCUUCGCAACCAUGAUGGACUACUUGCAGGAGUCGGGAGGUAACGGCGACGCUACGCCUUGGUUUGGACAGGCCUCUGACGGAAGCAUAUACGCUAAGGCGCUUAUGAUAGACAUGGAGCCUAAGGCGAUACUGAAGUCCUGCCUGGGCAAAAAUGACGUUAUCGAUGGAAGAUUUCACUACAACGCAAGGUCAGCUAUCUUUGGUCAAUCUGGCUCUGGCAACAAUUGGGCCCACGGAUAUAUGGAGCACGGACCUAGAGAGCUUCCCAAAAUACUAGAGGGCGUGAGGAAGUACGCUGAGGAAGCGAACACAUACAUAGAUGGGUUCUUUGGCAUCUUGUCUCUAGCUGGUGGAACAGGGUCGGGCCUGGGUAGCCAUGUAAUAGGUCAUCUACGUGACCACUACCCUAAGUCGGCUAUUCUUUGCAAUUGCGUUGUUCCCUUUGCUUCUGGGGAGGUUCUAACGCAGCAGUACAAUACAAGUCUUUCUUUGGCUUUCCUCAUCCAGGAAGCGGAUGGUAUCCUUCUUUUCGGAAAUGAUGAGGCGGCCACUAUCGUCAAGAACCAACAGAGCCGCCUCUCUGGUGCACGGCCGUCCCUCAUGCAGCUAAACGCAGUGAUUGGGCGUACCUUGGCCUAUAACUUGUCAGGCUUGCGGAGGCCUGUCACUGACUUGUUAGAGCAGACAGUGCCUUCUGUGCUUUAUAAGCUUCUGGCUCCACGUGUGGUUCCGAGCUUCCCCUCCCAUGAUAGUCAACAUCAAACGCUUCGAUCAAUUAUUUCCCGCUGCAGGCAGAUAAUGAUAACCGGAAGCCCGGGCGAUGCGUGUAUGGACUGGCAACAGCGUCUUGAGGAUAGGAACUACUUUACUCGUCUUGUGCGGUCUCACAUAGUGCUACGCUCUUCUGAUGCUGAGCAGUUCGUUUCUGGGUACGUUAACACUGAUGACUACCUACAACUGAAGGAUUUAGACCCUGCUGUUCUUAAUUCAUAUACCCGAGCAAAGCAGCAAGAUAUAAAGGGUCAGCGACAAGGCAUCAAAGAGGCAUAUUCCACGCUCAUGCAAUCGAGCUUUUACGAUCUCUACCCAUACUACCGACCAGGCAAGUCUGAUUAUCCCGUCUCCCUUCGAGGGGAGAAUCUGAGAGAAGAUGUGCCUCCGAGUGCUGCCUUGAUUCUGAAUGGUAACGUUUUCUCUAGAACUCUUGGCGAUCUUGUCCUGGACAUGAAAGCGCGCAUGCAGGCUGGUGCGUACAUGUGGCAUUAUGAACGGUUUGGGGUCACACCGACGGUCAUCCGGGACGCCCUGAUCACCAUUUCCCAGGUCAUAGAAGACUACACGCUGAAGUAG